GUGUAGUUCUGGUUCUAUCGUGUUUUAGGUGGUGUAUAGGGUGUGGUUCUAGUUCUAUCGUGUUUUUGGUGGCGUAUAGUGUGUAAUACUGGUUCCGGCCGCUAGUUUCGCUGCCGGACGCGGAGGUGGAUUUCAUCCCUCAAAGAAAAAACGAAGGAGAGAAGUAAAGCAAGAUGGCGUCUCUCCAUGACAAGUCGGUUUGGGACGAAGUAGAGGAUGGAAUAGGAGAGGAUGUUUUGAAAAUGUCGACUGAAGAAGUCGUUCAGCGAUCGCGUUUGCUGGACAGCGAGAUAAAGAUCAUGAAGAGUGAGGUACUUAGAGUGACUCAUGAGCUCCAGGCCAUGAAGGACAAAAUCAAAGAAAACACAGAAAAGAUCAAAGUGAACAAGACGCUGCCCUACCUGGUGUCCAACGUCAUUGAGCUGUUGGACGUGGACCCUAACGACAUGGAGGAGGACGGGGCCAACAUCGACCUGGACGCCCAGAGGAAAGGGAAGUGUGCAGUCAUCAAGACCUCCACCCGCCAGACCUACUUCCUGCCUGUUAUCGGUCUGGUCGACGCAGAGAAACUGAAACCAGGAGAUCUGGUGGGCGUGAACAAAGACUCGUACCUGGUCCUGGAGACGCUGCCCACUGAGUACGACUCCCGGGUCAAAGCCAUGGAGGUGGACGAGAGGCCCACGGAGCAGUACAGCGACAUAGGGGGCCUGGACAAGCAGAUACAGGAGCUGGUCGAAGCCAUCGUUCUGCCCAUGAACCAUAAGGAGAAGUUUGAGAACUUGGGGAUCCAGCCACCCAAAGGAGUCCUGAUGUACGGACCCCCAGGCACGGGGAAGACCCUGCUGGCCAGAGCCUGCGCUGCGCAGACCAAGGCUACAUUCCUGAAGCUAGCUGGUCCUCAGCUAGUGCAGAUGUUUAUUGGAGACGGAGCCAAGCUGGUGAGGGACGCCUUCGCUCUGGCUAAGGAGAAAGCUCCGUCCAUCAUCUUCAUCGACGAGCUGGACGCCAUCGGCACCAAACGGUUCGACAGUGAGAAGGCCGGAGACCGAGAGGUUCAGAGGACGAUGCUGGAACUCCUCAACCAGCUGGAUGGAUUCCAGCCCAACAUGCAGGUCAAGGUGAUCGCAGCGACCAAUCGCGUGGACAUCCUGGACCCGGCGCUGCUGCGAUCCGGACGCCUCGACCGGAAGAUCGAGUUCCCGGCGCCCAACGAGGAGGCCCGCGCCCGCAUCAUGCAGAUCCACUCCAGGAAGAUGAACGUCAGUCCGGAUGUGAACUAUGAGGAGUUGGCUCGCUGCACCGACGACUUCAAUGGAGCCCAGUGUAAAGCUGUGUGUGUGGAGGCGGGGAUGAUCGCGUUGCGGCGCGGAGCCACGGAGCUCAACCACGAGGACUACAUGGAGGGCAUCCUGGAGGUCCAGGCCAAGAAGAAGGCCAACCUGCAGUACUACGCCUGAGGACUACAUGGAGGGGAUCCUGGAGGUCCAGGCCAAGAAGAAGGCCAACCUGCAGUACUAUGCCUGAGGCUACAGGCCUCACUGGGAUUAAAGGGCUUUUCUAUGAAA